GCGAAAAUUCUGUACCUGAUUCAUCAUUGGAUCGUCGUCUUUGGAUUCUUCCCUAGGGUUUUUCAAUUUGAUUGUUUUGAUUGAUUUGGCGGUUGAUUCAAUAACUGGAAAUGGAAUCGGAGGACGAUAUCGAUAUGCAAGAUGCCAACAACGAAUCCGGUGACGACGACUUCUACAGCGGUGGCGACGAUGAGGCUGCCGCCUUGGCACUUUAUGAUGACUCCGAUGCUGAUUUGGCCGAUUACGAGUUCAUCGAUAACGAUUCUGAUGAUUCCGAUAUCCUCGUCUCUCACCGUCACCAGCAAAAUUGUACAAUUUUAAGCGAAGCAGAUAUUCAUCAGCAGCAAGAUGAUGACAUCAUGAGGAUAUCUACUGUGCUUUCCAUUUCAAAAGUUGAAGCCAGCAUCUUGCUCCGUUACUAUAAUUGGAGUGUGAGUAAAGUACAUGAUGAAUGGUUUGCUGAUGAGGAGAAGGUACGCAAGGCUGUUGGCUUAUUGGAGAAGCCUGUAGUUAAAUUUCCAGAUGGGAGAGAAAUGACUUGUGGAAUUUGCUUUGAAUCCUAUCCUUGUGAUAGACUGCGUACUGCUGCUUGUGGUCAUCCUUUCUGUGAUUCAUGCUGGGCAGGGUAUUUCAUCCCUAAAGAGUCAUAGUCUCAUGUCUAUUUAGUUGAAUGUCACAACCACUAGUUGCUGCUUAGGCUAGGAAAAAGCUGAAUUUUUAGCAGGGGAUUGAUGAAAAAUCACAUCAGUGGCCAGUGUCAGGACUUGGUCGUAAAUGGUAUCGAUGCAUAGGAAAAGUUACUUUUUGCAUGAUGUUCCAAUGUUGUACAAUAAUUGCAAAU